AAAAAAAUAUUUUUUUUUGCUGCAUUCCCCUCCUUCCACCCUCUACCUUGGAGCAUGAAGUACUCCAAGAAGAGAGAGUUGUUUUCGGAAAGUAGAUUGUUAUGCUGCGAGUGAACAAGAUUUGGACUUCCCCAAAGAUUUGCAGUUUGUUGGGGGAGAACUGUGUGGGAGGAGGGACAGCAACGCGGUGCAAUCAACUAUCAGAAGGGUCAAAGUCAGUAGAGAGGAAUCUGGGAAAUAACAAGUUGGUAAUACGUAUUCCAGCAUCUUUCAUGAAUGCAUGGCUCCUUUUAGGUCUUUAAAUUUUUUACUUUCUUGCUUGAAACUGAACAAUUGAGGCAUUGAUUCGACAUUAGCCAGUAAAUGCUGUGAGCAUAAAGUGAGAACUUACCAGGACAUUGAAAGCACCCAGGGGUGAAUAACCAGUGCUUAAAAAGUUAACAGAUCUUUUGGCGGUCACACAUAUAUGUAGAUAUAUCGAUAUAAUCAGGAUUAUUUUAAUAACUUCCAGUAAUCUUUAAGAGGUUUGUCAAACAUGGCUUCCCCUCCACACCAGCAGCUGCUGCAUCACCACAGCACAGAGGUAAGCUGUGACUCCAGUGGAGACAGCAACAGUGUCCGGGUAAAAAUCAAUGCCAAGCAGCAUUUGGGCUGUUCCUCCAAUCCUCACCCUAAACACUGCAAGUAUAGCAUCUCUUCCAGUUGUAGCAGCUCAGGUGAAUCAGGAGGGGUUCUCAGAAGAACCGGAGGUGGAAACCGAGGCCUCCGCAGGAAAAAGAAACUCCCGCAGCUUUUCGAGAGAGCUUCUAGUAGAUGGUGGAACCCCAAAUUUGAUUCUACCAACCUAGAGGAGGCUUGCAUGGAAAGGUGCUUUCCACAGACCCAGCGCAGGUUCCGCUAUGCUCUCUUCUACAUCAGCGUGGCCUGCCUUCUUUGGGGCAUCUAUUUUGGUAUCCACAUGCAAUCUAAAAUGAUUGUUUUUGUGGUGCCAACUCUGUGCUUCCUUUUGGUGUGUGGUUUUUUUUUUCUAUUUACCUUCACUAAGCAUUAUGCUCGGCAUUAUGUGUGGACCUCACUGAUCCUCAUUCUCCUGGUUUUUAUUCUGACUCUAGCUUCACAGUUUCAGGUUUUGACACCUCUCUCAGGAAGUGAUGACAGCUUCAAUCAUACUCCCCUUGCCAUAUCCACAGAUAUUUGCUUGUCUCAAGUAGGCAGUUUUUCAAUGUGCAUUGAAGUGCUCUUGUUACUCUAUGCUGUUAUGCACUUACCUCUGUAUUUAAGCUUGUUUUUGGGAGUAGCCUAUUCUAUUCUUUUUGAGACCUUUGGGUAUCAUUUCCGAGAUGAAUGCUGUUUCCCAUCACCUGGAAUAAGACCCAUGCACUGGGAGCUGCUAAGCAAAGCUUUGCUCCACAUAUGUAUUCAUGCUAUUGGAAUUCACUUAUUUAUCAUGUCUGAAGUUAGAUCAAGGAGCACAUUCCUUAAAGUGGGACAAUCAAUUAUGCAUGGGAAAGACUUAGAGGUAGAAAAAGCCUUGAAAGAGCGAAUGAUUCACUCUGUGAUGCCAAGGAUCAUAGCUGAUGACUUAAUGAAGCAGGGGGAUGAUGAAAGUGAGAACUCAAUCAAACGACAUUCCACCUCAAGCCCCAAGAAUAGGAAGAAAAAGCCUUCCAUACAGAAAACUCCCAUAAUAUUUCGACCUUUUAAGAUGCAGCAAAUUGAACAAGUAAGCAUUUUAUUUGCAGAUAUUGUUGGUUUCACUAAAAUGAGUGCCAACAAGUCUGCCCAUGCCCUGGUGGGUCUCUUGAAUGAUUUGUUUGGUCGUUUUGACCGUUUAUGUGAAGAUACAAAAUGUGAGAAAAUAAGUACUUUGGGUGACUGCUAUUAUUGUGUAGCAGGGUGUCCAGAACCCAGAGCGGAUCAUGCCUAUUGCUGCAUUGAAAUGGGCUUAGGCAUGAUUAAAGCCAUCGAACAGUUCUGCCAGGAGAAGAAAGAAAUGGUGAACAUGCGUGUUGGGGUUCACACUGGGACAGUUUUAUGUGGCAUUCUGGGCAUGAGGAGGUUUAAAUUUGAUGUGUGGUCAAAUGAUGUGAACUUAGCCAAUCUUAUGGAGCAGCUGGGUGUGGCUGGCAAGGUUCAUAUUUCGGAGGCUACAGCAAAAUAUUUAGAUGAUCGUUAUGAAAUGGAGGAUGGGAAAGUUAUUGAACGAGUUGGCCAGAGCGUUGUUGCUGACCAGUUGAAAGGUUUGAAGACAUACCUAAUAUCAGGUCAAAGAGUCCUGAAAGAAUCCCAUUGCAGCUGUUCAGAGGCGUUACUUUCUGGCUUUGAGGCCGGGGAUGGCUCAAGCUUAUCUUCGGGCCCUAAAUUACAGGGAACGUCAUCACCAGAGAGUGUCAGUGACUUGGCAAAGACUCUUAAAACCUUUGAAAAAAAUAAGACAUGUCCUUCAUGUGGUGUUACAUUUGCUCCCAACUGUGAAGCCAGUCCUGAAGAAGGAGCAAUUCAAAAUGGCUGUCAAGAUGAACAUAAAAAUAAUGCCAAGCAGGCUUCUGGAGGACAUAGUCCAAAGGCCCAAAAUGGACUUUUGAAUCCCCCUCAGGAAGAGAAACUCACCAAUAGCCAGACAUCAUUGUAUGAAAUGUUACAAGAGAAAGGAAGAUGGGCAGGGGUGAGCUUGGAUCAGUCUGCUCUCCUUCCUUUGAGAUUCAAGAACAUACGAGAGAAGACAGAUGCUCAUUUUGUUGAUGUUAUUAAAGAGGACAGCCUGAUGAAAGAUUACUUCUUUAAACCACCUAUUAACAAACUGAGUUUGAAUUUCUUGGAUCGGGAUUUAGAGAUGAUUUAUAGGACCAGCUAUCAGGAAGAGGUUAUAAAAAAUUCUCCUGUGAAGACAUUUGCCAGUGCUACCUUCAGUUCGCUCCUGGAUGUGUUUCUGUCAACAACAGUUUUCCUCAUUCUGUCCAUCACCUGCUUCCUCAAACAUGGGACCGCUUCUGCCCCUCCCCCACCAACUGCCGUUGUGAUUUUCAUCAUUGCCAUUCUAUUGGAAGUGUUCUCCCUCAUCAUCUCUAUUAGAAUGGCAUUUUUCCUUGAGGAGGUAAUGACUUGUACUAAGCACCUGCUGGAGGUGAUAGCUGGUUGGUUCCCUCGGCAUUUCAUUGGCGCAGUCCUGGUCUCUCUCCCAGCCCUCGCAGUUUAUUCACAUUUUACCCCUGAAUUUGAAACAAAUAUUCAUUAUACCAUGUUUAUGUGCUCUGCAAUUCUGAUCACCAUUGUGCAAUACUGUAAUUUUUGCCAGCUAAGCUUCUGGAUGAGAUCAUUACUAGCAACAAUUGUUGGAGUUGUGCUUGUCAUUUUACUCUAUGUCUCUUUGCAUCCCGACAGUUCCAUAGAAAUAUCCCACUUAGAUGCUGUACAGAAUUUCAGUUCCAGGAAGAAUCCAUGCAACACUUCAAUGCCAAAUUUCAACAAAAAACCAGCAGACCUAAUUGGUCAGGAAGUGACACUCGUUUGCUUUCUCCUGCUUUUAUUGGUCUGGUUCCUGAAUCGAGAGUUUGAAGUCAGUUACAGGCUUCACUAUCAUGGAAAUGUGGAGGCUGAUCUUCACCGAACCAAAAUUCAGAGUAUGAGAGAUCAAGCUGACUGGUUGCUAAGAAACAUUAUUCCUUAUCACGUGGCAGAGCAACUGAAGGUUUCCCAGAGCUACUCUAAAAACCAUGACAGUGGAGGAGUAAUCUUUGCCAGCAUAGUUAACUUUAGUGAAUUUUAUGAAGAGAAUUAUGAAGGAGGUAAGGAAUGCUACCGAGUCCUAAAUGAACUGAUUGGGGACUUUGAUGAGUUGCUGAGCAAACCAGAUUAUAAUAGCAUUGAGAAAAUUAAAACCAUUGGGGCCACAUAUAUGGCAGCCUCAGGUCUGAACACCUCCCAGUGUCAAGACAGCAACCAUCCACAUGAACAUUUACGAACCCUUUUUGAAUUUGCCAAAGAAAUGAUGCAAGUUGUGGAUGACUUCAACAACAACAUGCUCUGGUUUAACUUUAAACUUAGAAUUGGCUUUAACCACGGACCCCUCACUGCCGGGGUUAUUGGCACCACAAAAUUAUUAUAUGAUAUUUGGGGAGAUACCGUGAAUAUUGCCAGCAGAAUGGAUACUACUGGAGUUGAGUGCCGUAUACAGGUGAGUGAAGAGAGCUACCAUAUCUUGAACAAGAUGGGAUAUGACUUUGACUACAGGGGGACAGUAAAUGUGAAGGGAAAAGGUCAAAUGAAAACCUACCUUUAUCCAAAAUGCAUGGACAGUGGUAUUGUGCCACAUCACCAGUUAUCUAUAUCACCAGACAUUCGAGUUCAAGUAGAUGGCAGCAUUGGACGGUCUCCAACAGAUGAGAUUGCCAACUUGGUGCCUUCUGUUCACAAUUCUGACAAGACAACUUAUGGUUCUGAUAGUAAUUCACAUUCUAAGGAUGUUCAACUAUCUUCCAAGAAGUCUCGGAAAGAUCCCAUAAAAACAGAAGAAAGGUGUAGAUUUGGCAAAGCCAUAGAAAAGAGUGACUGUGAAGAAACAGGAAUUGAAGAAGCCAAUGAGCUAACCAAGCUAAAUAUUUCAAAGAGUGUAUGAUGCAGCCACAAAGAGCUAGCUGCAUGAGGUGCUCUAUCCAUAGAAACACAAUAAUAAUUGCAAUUUGGCUGUUUUUCUUUUCAAGAGACACAUUUCCAGUGCCUAGGUGUUAUGUUGUCAUUUAAACCCUAACUUCUAUAUGGAUCACAGAUGUUCAGGGUUCAUUUUCAUCCAUCUCUUUCCCCUCCCUGAAAAGCUUCCCACCUCUUUCUGUAAUUAUCUUUCAGCAGUGUGGAGGAUAAUAAGUGCCUUCAGGUAUAUUUCUUGGCCUUGAAGUCUAGGUACAGAGGCCAUUGGUGAAAUCAUGGCUUUGGGUAUCAAUUGCAUUUUGAAACAAAAGCUGUGGUUAAGAUAUCAUUUUUAUUGUUGUUUCUCACAAGACACUUUUUUUGGCUAAUACAACUCUUUGAGAUUUGUUGAUUUCUUCGUGUAUAUAUAAUAGUGUUUUACAAUCAUCAUCUGACCUUUCUAUGUAAACACAUUUGCAUUUAUGAAAUUGAUAUAAAAGUGCCAAUAAUGUACUGAGAAGGGAUGUUAAAGGAAAGGGAAUAAUGUGUAGUGAGCUGGGAAAGGCAUUGAUUCCACAGUGGCUUGUCCUUUAGAUAAAGCCUAUAACAUAGCUGUGGUGAUUCCAUACUCUUUUACAAAUGCUUUGAAAACACACAUAUGCCAUUGUGUGUCUUGAAUGUGCCACUUUCCUUAUACUCAGUGGUUUUCAGACUUCAUCUGCUUUCAGGGCAACCUUCAAAAUACAAAUAGGUAACAAAGCAUCUUCGGUCUGGGCCAUCAAGUAUCAGAGAAGCCAUUUUCACUUUAGUGAAUCCCUAUUCGUAAAGGGAUCUUCAAGUUCAAAGUUAGUGUCUUUGAAGUAUGUGUGUUUAAGAGAGGAACUUAAAUGUCUUAGGAUUGCAUUUAUUUAUUUAUUUAUUUUCAAUAAAUGUGAUUAGGUUGGAAAUGGGUUUGGGGUUAGGGGUCUUGAUAGAGGGAAAUAGAUUUUGUUUGCAAAGAAUAUAUUAUAACAAUAAUCAGAUGUCCGUUAGUAUUUCAGCCACUUAGCUACCAACCACUGUGAGGACGUUGAGCAGUAUUUACAUCAAAACACAUGUGGGUUCCAAGUCAUCAGAUGCAUGUUGAAUCUGAAAAUCCCAGCUUCCCAUUUUGUAUGGAACACUACUCCUGCCCAGUGCCCUCCAGCUUUGUGUUGUGGUACAGUGUUGCACUCUGGCAUUCUUGGGGCUUUGCGCUUGCCCUCUUUACUCACAGCAGGUAUUGAGAUCAAAAUACUUUCUCUGUUCCAUUUAAGGAUGUAUAUAGAAAGAGCUUUUACCUUGAGCUAAGAAGCACAGGAACUGGUUACCAAUAUCAGUACUCUCUUUGUUUAGAAAAAUUGGAACCAUUUCUUCUUUUCUUUAUUAUUUCAGACCAAAUGAUCUGUUGAGGGGAUGAAAUAUGUUCUUCUAAGCUAGGUCUUACCUGUUUUUGAUAGAAAGAGUUCUUUCACUAAAAUAGAAGAUGAAAUAAUUUGUACAAAAAAUGAGUUGAUUUACCUAAGAAAAUAUGGGAAAUGUCCUUAUGUAGUCAUAUUUAAUUAUUUUACUCCACCUUGAGUUCACAAUUCCUUAAGAACUGAACUCAGAUUAUAGUUUCCCUAAUAGCUAUUAAUACUUCUGAGGUAAUACUAAAAUAAAGCUCAUAAAAUAAUUUGAGAAAGCUACUUCUAUAUUUAGUAUUCUAUAUGUGAUUUACCAUCAACAUGUCAAUCUAUUUAAGCCCUAUCAUAACUGCCUUUGCCAGGUCUAUGGUUCUCAUAAUGUUGUUCUCUACUGAGUGAAAUGUUGAUUAUGAUCAUCUAAUUCACAGCUCAGGUUUAAACAUAAAGAACACAAAGAUGGGUACCCACUAGUACAGUUUUAUAUCCAUAAUGUUUAUUUUGUAGGGCAAUAACAUCAUUAUCAAUAACGGUAAUAUUUUCCUUCAGGUUUUACCUGUCAAUUUGUUGGUCUUCCACUAUUGAAGGAAGUAUAGUUGUUCAAAUACCUCUUGCCUGUAAAGAAUGUAUUCUUCAAAAAAAAUGCAGAAUUUAUUUUUAUUUCUUAAGAAAUAGUAAUAAUAAAAGACUAUAAUUUAUUGAUGAAUUGCUGAUCUACUUUGGUAAAGGAAGCUUCCACAAUCCCUACAUGGAUGGCAUCACAAGUCCAGACCAAUAAUAUUAUAAUAAUAUAAAAAGAAGAAUAACACAUCUAUAUAAGAUUUUCCUCACAAACACCCCAUGCCGUAGGUAGUAUUAGUUUGACUAUUCCUAUUGAUGGUGAGAAAACCAAAGAGCAGAGAGAUUAAAUCACCUGCCCAUGAUUGUUACAUAGAAUGUAAAGUAGGAUUCAAACCUAGAUCACUCAACUCCAGAUCUAGCGUUCUUUCUGUCCAUCAUAUCAUACCACCUUUCAAGCUAAGUGAUAUCUUCCUUCUCUUUGGAAAUAUUCUCCCCUUGAGGCCAUUUUUCUUCUCUCAAUAUUAAAGACUAUGAAUAUCUUAAUCUCCUUCCUCAUUCAUGAGGCUGUAAAGUCUCUGCUGUAACUAGUAGCUAAAACAGUUGGUUCUCUUAAGUUCUACCCACUGUAACUGCUUGAAUAAUCAUAAUAUGCCCUAGCAAAUUAUUUCUCUUUGUGUUUGUUGUUCUAUUUUCCAACAGGUUUCCUUUUCAUAAAGAAACCAGGGGUAGUGGAAAGAGUGUUAGAUGGCGAAUAAGGAUAAAACUAGGUCUGAAUCCCACCUCUGCCAUUAGCUGUGUGUUUGUGCAUCACACAAGUGCUCUGAUCUAUAAAAUGAAGAUAAAUGAUACCAAUAGUACUACAUAAUGGGACCAUUAUGAGAAUCAAAUGAGACAAUGUGUGUAAAGCACCUUGCAAAACUAAAGCACUAUAUCUCAGCUAGUAUUACUUUUACAAAAAGGUUUUUUUCAUUAUUAUUCAUGACUAUGUGAAACUAGUGACCCACAAAUAUAGGAUACAUUGUCACCAGGUGGUCUGGGGCAGUUUGAUAUCAACAGAGAGUAAAAAGAAGAUUUGCUCUAAAAGUUUAAAACAAUGUCUUCCAGCAAAGUUAUUCUGAGCCUACUUUAAUAGCCAGUCUGAGCAGCUUUUCCACGUCCCAAGUCACUGUUCUCUUACACAGAACAGAAACCUUAGCUUACUUACCUCAUUAGGUCACCACACAAUCUAUAGAGUGAAAGCCUUGAGGCUAAUCCUAUUGGCAUGAGCAAAUCCUUCCUAUAGGACAGCAUGCUUCCAUACUUUGAACCGAAGUGCUAGGAGCUAUUCUUUCAUGGGCUUUGGGCUUUGGUGUGCUUAGAAUUAUGCCUUAUGAAUUUCACAUCAGAAGCAAUAGCUUCUGAAUGUGUGCCAACAGCUGUUGAUGAUUGCAUUUGAUAACCAUUUUCCUCUUUGCCCCAAGUCAGAUAAGGUGUAGAAUCAAAGCCAGAAGGGAGAUCAGGGAUCCCCUAAUCCAACCUUUCUUUUUAUAAAGAUGAUGCCUAAAGCUCAAGAGUCACAUGGUUAGUAAGUGGCAGAGUAGGACCUGAAAGCCAGGUCUCCUGAUUCUUUCCACUAUCCUAAGCUGUCUUAUCUAAGGAUUUUAAUGGGUUUCCCUUAGUGUGAAUAGAUGCAGCAUUUUUCUCUUUAAAAACUUGAUUUUUUUCUUUUACAAAUUGAAAGACAGUAAUAAAAUCCCUGAAUAGAUCAAAUAUUUUCCAAAAUUAAAUCCAGAACACCUCUAGGUGACUUGAUGAACUUUAGAACUUCUAUCUUGAAUUACAUGCCUCAACAAGACAUGGAAAACCAAAAGACAGUAUGUUUCACACUUUACACAGAUUGGCCAUGAGAUUCACAUUUUUUCUAAAAACUUCCUUGUGCAUUAUAGAUUUUUGAGGUAAGAAUGUCAAAGAAACAUCAAAUGUUUCCAAAAUUAUGCUAUGCCUUGAACCUGCAUUGCAAUCAACACAAAUAAAUUCUUUUUUGGCUUUUGCAUAUGUAUUUUUAAAAAUCAUCCUUAUUGUGUCCAAAUUAAUCCCCUGAAGAAACAUACAUUCAAAAUACACUUAAAUCUAAAUAUUCAGAACCUGCUAUGUCUUCCUUGAAGUAACUGGUGCUAUGCUGAGCAUUAAGACAAUAUUCUUGCACUUUCUGCUCUCUGUGGCUGAAACACCAGAUAAUUUUACCCUUCACUACUUAAAAAGUAUUCUAUAAAGAAGAUGACAAAAAUGUUUGUGUAUCAAAGAAUUUUUUGUUUUGUUUUACUUUUAAUAGACUUACUAUAGUUGGCAUUGGCCAGAGGAUGUUUUAUUUCUAAAUGCAUUUUUAAAAACAAUAUUUGUAUAACAUGUUACACAAGAAAAUAAUACCUGUGACAUCAUUUCACUCCUUCUUCCUAACCCUUCACCCCAUCCCCACCCAAACAAUAACAGUGGUUCACAUUUACCUAAGGCUGUAAAGUUUCCAAGGACUUCACAACAAUCCUAUGAGGUGGGUCAUACAAAUAUUAUUAUCUUCAUUUUACAUUUUAGGUAACUGAGACUCAGGGGGAUUUCAAUAGUUUUCCAUAUUCACAUAGCUGGUAAGGAGCAGUCAAGGUUUGUAUCCAUGUAAGCUAAGAAUGAUUUUAUUCACACUUAUUCAUACUCUAAGGAAAAAAUGAAAACUUCGAGCCAAAUAUAGCCAGGCAUAGUAUAGCAUUCCAUCCCCUUACAAAUUCCUCUGUGAUAUUUUCGUAAGCCUUUCUCUGGUGAGCUAAUAAACACUUACUGAAGACCCAGUGUGUGCAAAGAGCUUUUAGGUGCUGGUCCAAAGAACUAAAAAGUAAAAAUAGGGUCAUGCCUUUAGGUCUUGAAUAUUUGAUUGGAGAAAGAAGACAACCAAUUGAUCAUCCUUUGAACACUCAACAUCUUAUUUGUUGAUAAUGGCAGAGAUGAAACCUUUCCUAAGACCCUUUUCAGUUAGGCCUUUUAAAAUGUUAUUGCAGAAGAUGGCAAUAAGCUUUGCUCUUGCUUCCAUUCUGGUUUACAAGUCUGUUAACCAGAAAAUCUCAUAAAAGAUUUGGAGAGAGAGCCUAUGAUUUGGGGUAGACCUCAUUCAUCAUUCCUUCUUUAUUAAUCUAAAAUUUAUUUUCCUUCAUAUUUAUGCUUUUUCCACUACUAAGAAAAACAAAACACCCUACUACUCUUUUAUCCCAAAACCUAGCACAGUGCCUUAUACAUAGUAGGUGCUUAAUAAAGCUUUGUUUAAUUUCAUUUAUCCCACUUAAAACAUAAAGCCAAGGAACUAGAAAAAAAGGUAAUUAAGAAAAAGCAUACAUGCAUAUAUUUAUAUAUGUGUAUAUAUAUUAUACAUAUAUAUUUGCUAAAGUUUAAGUCCCCAAAAUGUCUAUAUCUGUAAAAAAUUUCCUUGUGAAAAAUGCUUUGCUUCAAAAACUGACUUCAAGUUCCUUUGAAAGAAUAGAAAAUAAAGUCUAUCCUAAAUAAUAAUUUUUGGAAAAUUCUAAUUAUUGCUGUUCCACUAGUAUAAACUAAAUUAAGAAAAUCAUGACACCAAAUAGAAAUAAUUUGUGGUUUUUCUUCUGAUUAAACUUAAACUGUUAUACUUUUAUCUCAGUCAUCUAAAUGCUUAAAGAGCUAAAAACCAGAACUUGGCAGUACUUUACUCAAAAUCACAGUAGGAAAUUAGUCAAAGUUUUUCCAGUAGGUGAAAGAUGAAGUCAGAUAAUGUGGCCAUUCUUUGUAUUCAGAAUACUAAAUUUAGUAAGGAGGCCUCAGUUUAUCUAACAAAUUAUAGAACAGCUAGCUAGAAACUAUAUUCAAAAUGUAUUUACUAUUAAAGCAUCCUAUGGUCUACUAAAGAAAAUGCAGAGUUCUUUGCAUUUACUAAGUGAAAAUUGUCUACUUGUUAGCUUUCUUGACAGUGGUCUAAUAUCUACUGUAUCAUCUAAUAGCAGAUUCAAAAUCAUUUUUCUUCUCAUAGAGCUGUGGUUAGUCUUGUAGGAUUUAUUGCAUAACAAAACAGCAAUAGAUAAAGAAUGUUUAAUGGAACCAGUGCCACCAAAAUUAAGUUGAGGUCCACGGUAAUAAAAGAGCACAUUUCACAGUUUUACACAUAAGCCAUAACUUUAUUUAAAGCCAAAUCUCUCUUGAAGAGGUGCAGUAUAUGACCUGUGAGCUAGAUGGAUUUUUUUAAAAUAGUGAAAAUCUUUUAGGAAAAAUGUUUCUUCUUGCUAAGGGCUUCCCUCCUUUCUAAGACACUAUAAUUGAAUUAUAGCAGUCUCUGCUUUGCCUAUAAAGGGCAUAUUUCACAUCCAGGUUUCCAGCAAUGUUUGAGUACCAGCAAUAUGAUUAUAACAUUCCUAUCAGUAGUUUGAGUUCACAAGCUCCUGAUAGGUUAUAUCAUUAGUUUGUUUUGAUAAUCUGUGAUCAUUACUUUUUUAAAGUACUCUUCUUGGGCAUCUUUAAUCAGUCUUGGGGAAAACUUGAAGAUAAUUCAAACUAUAUGUAAUAAAUAUUAUUCCCCCAGAAAUUAUUAAGCAGCAUUCUCUUUUUCAUCCCAUGUCCAUCAUGUCCAAUCACUUGAUUGCCAAAGAAAAAUUUGUGUCAUGUAAGCUAGGAGAGAAAGUAGUAAUUCUAAAGGGAUACAUAUGGCAGACCUACACAACUCUUUAAAAAAAAAAAAGUGGUAUUACAAUGCCAUCUCAGAAAUUACAGAGGAAUUGUACUAUGGACAAAACCAAACUGUGCCAACCACUUUCAUGCCUUCUUCAACACAACUCAUCUAUAACCACUUCUUAUACAUCCCCUUCCCAAUCAUGCAGCUAAACUUCUCAAAUUUGACUCUUCUAGUACUAAGCCUUUUUAACUUUAAUGAGACAGACCCAAUACUAGAGCAGAGAUUCUGUGUGCUUAAUAAGAAUUCUGAGUCUUCUUAUUAUGCCCUUCCACUUGUUCUCUUUUGAGUCCUACCCUAGGUAUUCUACUCUGAACAACAAAACAAAAUUUCAAAUAUGCACACUCCAUACCUAAGGAAAUAUUUAUGCCAAAAGUGAGUAACAUCCAUCGUUGACUUCUGUUUCAGCAAGGUAUUUGGCAACAUCCUCAAAAUAUUCUUAUAGACAAGAUUGAAAGGUGUGACCUAGAUGAUAGUGAUUCUGAACUGGUGGAAUGACUAGCACCAAAGGUUUAGUUUGUCUUGGAAACCAAAGACAAUCAUUAAAGGAUUGUCAACCAACUUUCAUGUUCUCUUAUAGGAUGUCCCAAGACUCUCUCCUGGCCCCUGUUUUUUGUUAAACCUUUUAAACAAUGAUUUGUAGGAAAUCAUAAGUGGAAUGUUGAUCAAGUUUAUGGAUUAAGUUUGUGGAGCUGGAGGAAUAGCUAAUAUAUUACAUAAUUGAUUCAGGAUCUGAAGAAAUCUCAACAGGCUAGAAUAAUGGUGCCAGUCUAAUAAGCAAGACCUCAGCUGCUCAAAUCCAAUGGGGGAAAUGUGCCUAAACAAGAAGUUAUGUGUAAAUGAUAGUGGGAUGUUAGUGAACUUCAAGGCUAUAGUAGUAUAACAUAAUGGGGGCAGGGAGAGAUAUCUAAUGUGACAUCAGGCUAUGUUAAUUAAGUAUCAUGUCCAGAACUAAGUAGUGAGAACUCCUUUUUCUGUUCUAGUUAUAUGGAAUAUUGUAUUUGGUUUUGCUUACCAGACAGACAAGCUGUAACUUGUCCAGAAGGGGGCAACCAGAGUAGUGAGGGGAACUGAAAAACCAUGUCCCACAGUAAUCUAAAAACAUUUAGCCUGGAGAAGACUUGCAGAGCAUCCAAUGAAACAUGAUAGCUGUCUUCAAAUAUUUGAAGAGUAUUUGUAUGGAAACAAGAGUAAACUUGUUCUGCUUAGCACCUGAGGAGCAGAACUGGAAACAAUGGAUAGAAGCUGCAGACAGACAAAUUUUGGUUUGGUAUAAAGAAAUCUUCCUAAUAAAGGACUCCUAAUAAAGCCUUCCAGAAAUGGAAAGAGCUACCUCAGAUGGAAAGGUAUUACAUAUCACUGGAGGUCUUUAAGCAAAAGCUGAUGACCACUUACAGAAUUUAUGAAGUGAUUUCCUAUUACAUCUAAUGAGUUGGACUAGAAUGUCUGUGGGAUCUUUUCCAACUCUGAGAUUCUAUGCUUCUAUUUGAGAGACAGAAUGUUCUUUUGACAUCAAGAAACUUUUUCUAUUCUAUAAACAGAGAACUCAUAAAAAUAUUCCUGUGCACAAGAUAAGCUUAUAUUUGUAGAGUACCUUUUCCCCAAGGAACUUUUUUUUCUUUUUUACUUUUCUUUCCUCUGAUAUGCCUGUGAAGUACUUAGGGAAUAAGCAUUCACUCAAUUAACAAAUUAAAAAACAGGCUUAGAAAUUAAGUGACUCAGGAUUGCCCAUUGAGUCACCACCUCAAGCUUUGUAAGAUAUUAAUAUCCAAUAACUCCAAGUAUUAUAUUUUCUAAGAUUUAUUAGUAAUCAUUUGAAGUAGAAGAAAAAGAAGUACAAAGCUUAAGUAUGACCACGUGAAUAAAAUUCUCCUGCCUGGCUCUCACCCAACCUACAACCACAUUCGUGGGAGCUGAGAAUGUAAGAAAGAAGAGCUACAUCAAAAUAUAUCCUCCCUAUUUUCUCAUGUAAUGUGAGAAAGAAAAUGGGAAGCUGGGAAAGAGAGUUCUGGAGAGAAAAUUCUAAUUACACAAUCCCCCCUGUGAUUCCAUUGGAAACGAGCAUGUAGAAAUCUCCCAGAUUUACAUGCCUAGUUUCCUCAAUGAAUCAGUACACAUAACCAACUUAUAUCUCUAUAUUGCAAUAUUGUACUUUAUAAGGAGAAAUUUCAAUAGCUCUUCCCACCAUACUACACUGCUUGUAUUUGUGGCAUGAAAACAACUACUUGCCAAAUAAACUAAUUACCAGGCAUCCUUUCUUUAUAGCACAAUAGCUGAAAAUCCAGUUGUGGUAGUAGUCUGACAUGAUACAUUCAUAAUUGUGGGAAUAGAAAUGAGUUCAGCAAGAGAUAAAAUAUAAUUUCCCACCUGAGGGUUGUGCCUCUGGUUUUAAUAUUUUUUUUGGAAGACAAAUCAUUUAAACAACAAAUAUACUAUUGAAGUUACUUUUUCUCUAAGUGUUUUUUUUUUGUUUUGGUUCAUUAUUUCUUAAUAGAAACUUCCUAGAAUUAUUGAAAUGUACCUGACUUUUGAAUCUCAUGAAAUGGUGACCACAUAUUAACAACAGAAAAAAAAAACAAGGAAAAGUCUCAAAAUGCCUGUGAACAUGUUUGUGCCUUAAAAGGCAGGAGUAUUAAAUACAGAUAAUUUCCCAGAUUCUUUCAUUCCUUGUCUCUGUACAGACAACAACUGCUUUACAAUAUUUUUAUUUUCCUAUUUGUAAAAUACCUUUUAAAACUUUUUUUGUUUAUAAAAUCAUAGUAGGCUCAAACCAGGAGAGAGAACAUAAUGAGUUAUAAGAAAUUAGCUGUUCAGAUUCCAGUUAUCAUUAUUUUGGAAAUUUAUGAGAAUUCAUAACAGUUCUCUUUAGUUCUAAACUAGCAGCUUCUUUCCAUAUACAAACCCUACUUCUGCCUACAUCCACAGCAAUAUUCCCUAGAUCUAUAGCAUCAAUGCAAACUUACCAUGUGUUAUAAGGGCCCUAAUAGUGCCAACUUUUUCAUUCAGAGACCUGCACUAUUUCAUUUGCUGAAAGUGACCUCUUGCUUAUUAUGCUUCUCUCUGAAGUAUAGAAAAGCAAUCAUACAAGCACCAAAUCAAGGGCUGCCAGUCUCCUGUGGUCUUUUGUGUUGCUCAUUGGGCAUCAUGAUUUGUUGCACUUUGCCCAACCUGUACUCCAAGUCCCCAAACCACUUACAAACUUUUGGGUCCCUGUAUGGAGACUGAAGUUGAGACCCAGACCAAGUUGGAAAGCUCCGAACCCCACAGUUCUCCAUAUAAACCCCAUAUGGGUCUGUGUAGAGAGGAAUUCUCAAGUCUGUUUAGCUGAAACUUACUCCUAGGAGUGAGCCAGGCACAGAAACAAGCCCCUCUCUACCUGCCUCUACCCUGCCUCAGUUAGCAGCAGACCAGAAUGGAUUUCCUGAUCCAACAAUACCACUCAAGAAUGCAUUUUCCCACAGGAGAAUUUUUAGGUUUUUGUGAAGUGGCCCUGCAGUUCGAGGGGUGUAAGUUUAAGAAGUCAGAACCCUUGGACAAGAAAGCAUCCAAAGUUUGCAAUUUAGCCUCAGGUGACAAAGGGCCAUUUCACAGCUGGUUUGUUUAGGGGUUCGGGGUUUUUUUGGCAAGCCUAGAUCCCUAAAGUUCUACAGUUCCAAUCACAUAAAGCCAUCUUACUGUGUAUGAAGAGUAGGGCUUCUUAUAAUAUCCUCUUAACUUAACAUUAUAAUAUUCAAUUUAAGCAGUAAUAAGAAAUACAUAAAUAAGUAAUAAAUUAAAAACCAGAGCCUUAACUACUUUACACAUCUCUUAAGAUAAGCCCAAUGUUACUUUGGAAUUUAACAUUCCCUAAAUUUAAGAAGAAUUCAUAUGCUAUUCAAACCCUGAUUUCUUUAUGGUUAUGUACUUCUGGGGUAUGAGGCUGAAUGGCAAUUAAAACUCUAUUUUAUCAACCCAGAUACCAUUAUACUCAUACCAAAGGUCAUUUUGUGAUUCUUGUUGUAUGUUACAUAUGAUAUGCGGAAUCCUGGCAUGUACAAAAUGAGAAAUAUCAUCAAUGCAUCAUUUCACUGAGAUCUGGCAUGAUCAACUGGAAUGUCUUGAGAUUUAAUACUGUUUUAUGUUACUCCAAAGUUGUAUUCUCUGACAGUAAGUGGGAAUGAUUGUCAUCCUCGAUCAAGCAUUUGUUUAAUUUGUGGUUGACUAUAUGUUGGGUACUGAAACUGAUAUCAUCGAUGCCAGAGAAUCUUCAGCCAUGAAGACAGCCAUUGCUGGUCAGGAAAUGCAGAAAGAAAUAGGAAGAAAAAUGUCAUAUGUGGAAUAUGAAGAACCUUUCAAUUCUAAAAGCAAUGCUAGUUUUCUUUUUAAAAAAGAAAAUCUCGUUUUGUAGAAAUUGUAGUUAAUGGUCUUUUCUCAUUUUCCCAUUCCCAGCAAAUCCUUUUCUCACUCUUUCUCACCCUCUCAUCCCCUUUGCCGAAGGUCAGAAAACACUGCUGAUGGGAAAUGUUGAAACUUCACUUCAUCUGGGGGAGGGGGAGGCCACUUAGGAGCUAACUGUAAAAAAAAAAAGACAAACAAAAAAAAAUAUUUAUGCUUUGUCAACAACCAAAGCCAAGAAGAAGUUGUAUCUGUGAACUAUUAAGCUAUAUCUGUAUAUAGAAUAAACACACCAUGAUCUUUGACUCAUCACUACAGACCUUGUAACCAAUUGUAUACUAUAAUGUUUUACUGUAUUGGAGAAAAUUUCACACUAUAGCUAUAGAAAAGCUGGGAAAAUAAUUUAAAAUACAGUGUAAUUAACAUGAAA